ACCUAACGAUGGCUUGGAUACCCCCUCAAAAAGCAAGGUAGCGAAGAAGAGUGGAAGCCGCUUUCUUUGGUUGCGCAAGUUACACUGGUUUCUCUUCGAGCUCGCGCAGUCAGGCACAAGAUCGAAAUGGCGGCGCCAGCUGAGAGAAUGGAGGUUUCUCAGGGGGAGAACAUGGCAAAGCCUGCUGCAGAAGAUAUGACAUCAAAGGAUUACUAUUUUGACUCAUAUGCUCACUUUGGCAUCCACGAAGAGAUGCUAAAGGAUGAGGUGCGGACUCUGACCUACCGCAACUCGAUGUUCCACAACAAGCACCUGUUUAAGGACAAGGUUGUUCUUGAUGUAGGCAGUGGCACGGGCAUCCUCUGCAUGUUUGCUGCUAAGGCUGGGGCCAAGAAAGUUAUAGGGAUUGAGUGCAGCAGUAUCUCAGACUACGCUGUGAAAAUAGUGAAGGCCAACAAGAUGGACGACGUUGUAACAAUUAUAAAAGGGAAGGUGGAAGAGGUUGAUCUGCCUGUGGAUGGAGUAGAUAUCAUCAUAUCUGAAUGGAUGGGCUACUGCCUUUUCUACGAGUCCAUGCUCAAUACAGUAAUCUAUGCUCGGGACAAAUGGCUGAAGCAAGAUGGACUCAUUUUUCCAGACAGGGCAACUCUUUAUGUGACCGCCAUUGAAGACAGGCAGUACAAGGACUACAAAAUUCACUGGUGGGAGAAUGUUUAUGGAUUUGACAUGUCGUGCAUCAAGGAGGUGGCGAUUAAGGAACCCCUAGUUGAUGUCGUGGAUCCUAAGCAGCUGGUCAGCAGCGCUUGCCUCAUCAAGGAAGUCGACAUCUACACGGUGAAGCCAGAUGACUUAACCUUUACCUCACCGUUCUGCCUUCAAGUGAAGCGGAACGAUUAUAUCCAUGCACUCGUUACCUACUUCAACAUCGAGUUCACCCGCUGUCACAAGAGGACCGGCUUUUCCACAAGCCCAGAGUCCCCUUAUACCCACUGGAAGCAGACUGUCUUCUACCUGGAUGAUUACCUGACGGUCAAGAUUGGAGAAGAGAUCUUGGGUACUAUCAGCAUGAAGCCAAAUGUCAAAAACAAUAGAGACCUGGACUUCACUGUCGACCUCGCCUUUAAGGGCCAGCUGUGUGAGGUGUCCAAGACAUCAGAGUACAGAAUGCGCUAGGGGCCUCUUCCCUCCCUUGCCCGGUGUAGAGUUUUGUCUUUGGAGGCUGACAUGUACGGAUUGAACAGGAAGGCGAAGUCUGUGUUUAAAAAAAAAAAAAAAAAAAAUACUCCCUUGCAGCAACAUUUUAAGGAUUUGUUAUGGUGUAAUUUUCUUGUGCAAAUAUUUGCCAUAUUUAAAUGAUUUUCCACAUUUUUUUUGGCGGGGGGGGGUUGACAGUGAGACUCAUUGUACAGUAGUCAAUAAGUGCAUGUUUUCUUGAGUUUCCUUAUUCUUUGCAAAUUCAAGACCCAAACGCACACCUUCUUGACAGAACAGCUUGGACUGUCUCUUGGGCCACAGCUCUUGUUUCUUUGGACUGUUGAAACUGAAAAUCUGGAUUUUUUUUUUUUUUUUUUGGUCUUUCAAAAGCUAAUAUUACUUAACGCAGCAGAACUCAUGUUUAGGCUAAAAACUACUUCAGUAUUAUGAUUUUUUUUUUUCCUUUUUAUAAACCCUAGAUAAUUGUGCUCAUUUUAGGAAGGUCUUGCUGACAAACUGACAUUUGAGAUUUUACACACUUGCAACUUCUAUUUUGUCAUUACCUUGUAUUCCAUAGUCCUGCAAUGAUGACUCUUGGCCAUGUUAACUACGAUCUAGUCUGAUGUGAAGUGUCCAUCACUGUGCCACCUAUUCGCCCAGUUUUUUGUAUUUUGUUUUUUUAGCAGGUCAAACCAGUUUGAGAACCAAAUGUCAACAUCCAAAGUUAACAUUUUUAGUGUUUUCAUGAUGCAAGUGUUAACUGCUGGGCCUGAAAGAAAGACUGUCUGGUUCCAACUAGUUGCACAGUUUCAUAGGUGUUUUCUUGGACCCCCUGUUUAAAUAUCCCUUUAUAUUUUGUCUGAGGCAAUUGGAGUCUGUCUCAACUGAACUUUGUUGGCACGUGACCAACAUACGUAACUCACCACUUUUUUUUUUUUUAUAGUGAAACUAAAACUGUAAAUUAAACUUUUUGCAUCAGCUCCA